AUGAUUAGAGGAGAUCCGAAUUUCGCUCAUCCAUCCGGAUAUUUGCCUGCUGUGCCAUUCUCCAGUGUGCAUCCCGAUACCCAGAGUCCCAUGUUUGAAAUCGGUCGCAACGAUGCGGCUCAGGCGAAUCCGAAGCGACCAGUGGUCGGAAACAGUGAACGCCCCAUGGCUUACAUGAAUUCGAAACCUGUGAGUAAACACGAUCGUCGACAGCGGAAUGGUGGCGUGAUUCCAGUUACACCGGGAUGCCCGGAAUUCAAGCAUCGUGAUAAAGAACUGGAGGAGGCAAGUGGUUUUCUUUCUCUUGGUUCUAUUUGA